AUGGCGCCGGCAUGGGUGCAUUCGUUUGCCGUCACGGAGAAGUACGUCGUCAUGCCGGAGAUGCCGGUCCGGCACUCGCCCACCCGCAUGCUCAUGUCCGAGCGCACCCCCUUGUACAUAAUGGACUGGCUACCAGACUCCGGAAGCUACAUGCACGUCAUUGGCAGAUCCACUGGAAACACGGCACUUGCUCUCCACAGGCUAAGAUCGCCGGAGACCGCCAAGGACUUCCCUGAUUCCAGGAGCCGGAGUUUUGAGAAAAUGGGCAGGGUCGCGCGGUUCAGAAUACCUCUAGACGGCAGCGCCAUGGGCGAGCUGGAGACAGUGCUGGACCCUGAUGAGCACGGCCGGGGUGUGGAGUUGAGUACCAUCAAUCCAGCCUACAUAAGCAAGGAGUACCGCUACUUGUACGCCUGCACCCGCGCUGGCCAUGCAAUUUCUUCAACGCGCUCACCAAGAUGGACCUGGUGGAGAAAGAGACCAGGAGCUGGCACGAGGAGGGCACGGUGCCAUCGGAGCCCUUCUUCGUGGUCAGGCCGGGAGCAACCAAUGAAGAUGAUGGGGUUGUCAUAUCUACUGCAAGAACCAUGGCCGGUGACGGCUAUGUGCUACUGCUGGACGCGGCGACGUUCAAAGAGAUUGCCCGCUUGCGGUUGCCUUACGGCCUACCCUUCGGCUUCCAUGGCUGCUGGAUUCCAGACAGGAACUGAAGUCAAUCCUAUCCGUAUCUUCAAGUGCCGCAGUAGCUAG